AUGGCUUCGAAAAAUCAGUCCAACAUAUCGAAAGACUGGGAAGGUCCCUCAGCACUAGGCCAGUACUAUAAUACCUUUGAGCGGAUUUCAAAACUGCUGGCAGCUGCUAGCCAAGAUGAUGUGCAAGCUGGGUCCAUAGUGGCUCUUCGAUCAGUGGGUGGGUUAUGCAUUGUGCAUGACGACCUUUUGGGCAAAGGCGUUGAUGCCCUCAACGGCAACGAGAGCGUUCGUUUGAGAGAUACCAAGGUACUUUUGGGUUAUCGGAAAGGUUUGACAGCUAAAGAGCUCAGAGAUUCAACUGCUGCCACUAAGGGCUUUUUACUUGCAGCUGCACUGAAGCUCUGUGAGUAUGAUGAAAGUGCUGCUGGUGAGACCCUUUACUACAUGGCUUCGUCGGAGGGGGGAAGGGAGAAAACAACUACACCCAAACAACUUUCGAAGUUGAUAUCUGCGGAGACUGAAACUGAUACCACCAGCAAUCUGCUCAAUGCUCUCUAUGAUUUGGGAUGUCUCAACUCAUAUUCCCAAGAAGCCGUCUGGUUUCGAUAUCAACCGAGUAAAUUUGGUGAAAUCAUUUGCAAAGCCCUAAGCGCUUUGCGAGACGACGAAAUCGCCUUCAUGGAGAUACGCGGUUCCAUAAGUCUAUACUGGAUUACUCUUUGCCUUUCAUGGCUCAACAAAGACUCCGUGAGCCUGUUCUCAAAUGGCAAAUGCUUUCUCGGGAAUAGCAUAUCCAAACUCAGGAUCAUUAUUACAGAAGAGGGUCAAGAAGCUGCUUUGGAACCAAAUUCUAUCAACAGUCAAACAGCUGACUGGGCGUUCCACACAUGGAAACAGAAAUCGAUCGUGCCUGAUAUUGUGACAAACGCGGAAUCUCUUGGGUUCAUUGAAUCCGCCAAGUUGAUUCCAGCAAGUGCUACCCGAAACUAUUAUCUUAACAUCUUGGGCUCCGAUGAAGCAGUGGCAAUACUUGGCUUGUGGCACAUACUUAUAUGA